AAGAAAGAGAGAGCGAAGGAGGGAGGGAGGGAGAGAUUUCCCAGCACAGUUUGAUCUGCGUCUCUUUCUCCCUCCUGCUAUGUGAGAAGCAGCUCCAACACUUAAAACAAUCACAGAGGAUUUUAACUGGAGCACAGGAAGAGCUGACAGCAGUCGCUCAGAUCUCAGAGUCCCCGGGGUUGUCUCCUGGAAUAAGUCGGCCGGAGAUGAACGUGGAAAUGAACGGUCGCGCCCUGCCACCUUCAAUACCUGAGGAUGGCGAAGCCCUGGACCACAUCCACCACAGAGAGAUGAACGGAUACCACCAGAGGCUUCAGGCUGGGGACGGGGGAGAGGCUGAAGUCCCGGUGUCCAAGUCUCAGAGGCGGAAAAGCGACGUCAAAGUCUAUAAAGAAUUUUGUGACUUUUAUGCUCGCUUCAACAUGGCCAACGCCCUGGCCAACGCCAUGUGUGAGCGCUGCAAGAGCCGCUUCGCCCCGGCGGAAAAGAUAGUCAACAGCAACGGGGAGCUUUACCAUGAGCAGUGCUUCGUCUGUGCGCAGUGUUUCCAGCAGUUCCCAGAGGGGCUCUUCUAUGAGUUUGAAGGCAGGAAGUACUGCGAACAUGACUUCCAGAUGCUGUUCGCUCCCUGCUGCCAUCAGUGUGGUGAGUUCAUCAUUGGCCGCGUGAUCAAGGCGAUGAACAACAGCUGGCACCCUGAGUGUUUCUGCUGUGUCCUCUGCCAGGCUGUACUCGCAGAUGUUGGAUUUGUUAAAAAUGCUGGACGGCACUUGUGUCGUCCCUGUCACAACAAGGAGAAAGCCCGCGGACUGGGAAAAUACGUCUGUCAGAAGUGUCAUGCCAUCAUCGAAGACCAGCCGCUUCUGUUCAAGAACGAUCCCUAUCAUCCGGAUCACUUCAACUGUAACAACUGCGGUAAGGAGCUGACAGCUGAUGCCAGGGAGCUGAAAGGGGAGCUCUACUGUUUACCCUGCCAUGACAAGAUGGGGGUCCCAAUCUGCGGUGCCUGCAGGAGACCCAUCGAGGGCCGUGUGGUCAAUGCCAUGGGAAAACAGUGGCACGUUGAGCACCAUGUGUGUACUGUAUGUGAGCGGCCGUUUCAGGGCCACCCAUAUUACGAACGAGGCGGCCGUGCCUAUUGUGAGAGGCACUUUGACAUGCUGUUUGGAGAUGUUUGCUACCACUGCAAUCGUGUUAUCGAAGGCGAUGUUGUUUCCGCCCUCAAUAAGGCCUGGUGCGUCAACUGCUUUGCCUGCUCCACCUGCAACACCAAGCUCACCCUCAAGGAUAAAUUUGUGGAGGUGGAUCUGAAGCCUGUGUGCAAACGCUGCUUUGAAAGGCUUCCGGAUGACAUGAGACGUCAGCUGGCCAAGCGUGAACGUGACUCUAAAGACAAGAAGAGGAAACUGUUGAUACCCAUGUGUCUCUGAUUCCUUUUUCUUUUUCCCACUUUGGAACAAGUUUGUUGAGUUCGACAUGAAGCCGGUGUGUAAGAAGUGCUACGAGAAGUUCCCCUUGGAGCUCAAGAAGAGGCUGAAGAAGCUGUCUGAAGCUGCUGCACGGAAGUGAACAGAGUCAAGCAGCAGGGGGAAGAGAAACCCUGAGGUGGCCAGGAUUGAGUCCACACCAGAGUCCUCACUGGUAGCCCCACACUCACAGUGUGCUGGCCCUUGAUUUCAUACUUUAGCUUUGCUAUUUAAGUGCUUUUUUGCAUCAAUUUUACAUUAUAUUUUAUUUCAUAUUUUUGCUUGUUUUCACUUUUUUCAUUUUUAAUAUUCAUUCUAUAUUUAAUAUGCUGUAAGAGAUGUGGAAAUAUAAGUGAAACGCUGUGCUGACAGCUUGUUUUCUGUGUUAUCUGAUGCCAAAAGUGACUCCUUUUAGAAUAGUAAUACUAAUGGCUAUUGAAAACAAUCCAAAAAUGUAUUUUUGCCUACAUGUCCUACAGAGGUCUAAUGAUGGAGGCUUUUCUUAUGCUUGUUGUGGCACUAGCAGUUUUUACUGCAAGUGUUCAGACAAGAAAUGGCUAAGGAGAGAGAAGAAGGGAAGACAUGCCUUAAAAGAUCCCACAAGCUGAUGCCAAACACAGGAAGGCCGCUCAGAAGGCCUCCAUAUAAGGGGUCUAUCUCUCCACCACAUGACGCCCCUCCUCAUCCCAGACUGUUAAUCAUUUCAGGUCUAAAUAAAUAUGUACUUAGUUUAACAAAGUAAAAUCCACAUUUCAUUAGAAUUUCAUGCACAAAUUAGCAAAACUGUAAAACCAGCAUAAAGAAUUAUCACAGUAUUUAUCAUCUAAUUUCAGAUAGAAUGCAAUAUAAAUAUAAGCAGGUGUCAUCUGAGAUUAAUCAGCAGCUUUUAAAUGUAUGUUCUCAAUCACAUAAUGGUUGUUAUUAUAGGAUAGACUAGCAAUUGCUUAAAUUUUAAUAAAUAAAUAUUGAAAUCAUAUUUAUUUUUUUUCUACUCAAUAGUGCUUAAUAUUAAGAGUGAUUAUUAGAAGCGAUGCAUGAUGAACAUUCAUUAUGCCUGAUGAAAAUAACAUAUAAGUAAAACAGGCAUUACUUUUUUUUUAUUCAUUCUUAUUUAGUUGAUACAUAAUUAAAAUAGAAACUUUUUUUUGCAGU